CGCCGCGCUGGCUAAGAUACUUACUUGCAUAUAUUCGCUAGUGUUGUUGUCGUAUUCAAAACGUCACGGCUGUAAGAUCGCCUCUUCUGCUGGUGAGUUUUACGAGCAGAAGUCGAUCGAAAAGUCGAAGAAAGAAAAAACGAAAGUGUUCUGCUUGAAAUCACGUUCUAAACGUGGAAACCUACUACAUUCUAAUACAGAAGAUGGAGAUGGAAUUUAAGAAUUUGGAGAAUUCCUUCAGGAACCUGAGCUGCAAUCACAAUUACGUACCAUCCGCGAUCGAACAGAUAGAAAGUUUAAAUGCAUUUGGUAUAGGUUUGUUGAGUUUCGGUACCAUGCUGUCCACGUUGACGUUAUACUUUGCCAUGGAUGCGUGUCACAAUAUUUUCCACCAAAAGGAAACGAGAUUCUACAAGACAAAUUGUUUCAUGAUACUCUCGAUAUAUCCUGUGGCGAGUGUCUGCAGUCUUACGGCGCUCGGAAUACCAAGAACUCAGUUGCUGUCAGAAGCUGUGACACAAAUCUUCCUAACGAUUGGUUUGUAUCGAUUGUAUUUGCUGUUGGUCUACGUAGGGCGUAAAAAGAUGGCAGAGACGCCACAGUUGAAGCUACAGGUUGGCCCCUGUUGCUGCUGGCCCUGUCUGCCCUUUCCGAAUCUUGAGAUGACCGAGGCUAAUUUGUCCUGGCUUCGGCUAGCAGUCUUGCAACUUCCCAUUAUCCAGGGACUGAUUUAUUGCGUAUUUCUCUCUAUGUCGAUCGAAGAGCCAACCCUUAUAACGCAAUAUGGAAUUUAUCUGCAACCGUUCGUAAUGACGAGCAUAUUUCUGGGAAUAUACGGAUUGACUGUUGCCGUGAAAAGUCUGCAAGAAAUCGCUGCAGAGGCGAAGCUACACCGCAAGACCACAGUGUCCCAGAUGGUGCUGCUAUUCUCGAAGCUGCAGGCGUUCCUCGUCAAAAGCCUACCGCAAACGGGCCUGUUUCCAUGCAAUCCACCAAUUACGCCGGAAAUUUAUGCCAAUGUUACCUACAAUGCCUUGAUGCUAAUCGAGAUGCUGUUGCUCUGCUACGCGGCAAGGUACGUUUAUUACGUCGAUCUGGAAAGGGAGGAAGAAACGGCGGCGACGGCGGCGGCGGCGGUGACGGUGGCGGUCGUCGAGGCGACAGAUCGGCCGAAAGACAAGACCACGGAACGAGCCAGCUCGGCGAGUAACAACCAGGCCAACAACCGGCAACCGUCGACAUUGACUCACAAUCAGUGACAUUUCCUCUUUGUUCUUCUCUUUACUUACUUUACGAAUUUCAAUCGCAUUGCGACAUUUUUCCCACCAAUUUGCACCCAGUCGUGAUCCACAUGCAUAUGUACAUAUGUAUAGCUGUAUUUGUAUUUGUAUAUUUCCUCAGUCAUUUUCAUCGUUCACUCGUAUCACGGACAUACACAUGUAGGUUCGUAGUACGAUAUGUAGUAUUAGAAAUCGGUUCUAUUCGAAAGAGUCCGCUAUUUAAAAAUAUCAUUUCAUUAUGACUUCGAAUGUAUUAUAUAGAGGCGCGUUUAUGACUGGCUUAAUGAUAAAGCGUUAGAUUUUGUGACAGUGACGAUAAAGUACUUACGUAUUUGCGUGAAUUUCAGGUAAGAUAAGUAGCGUAAGAUUUUCUUUUUAUCUCUCAGAAGCAAACUCUGUCCUGCAGUUGCGAAAAUAUGAAGGCCACAUAAUGUGAAACUGUGAAGUUUUAAGUUUUUACAUAACAUUGAUACGGCGAGUAAUAAAAGCAUAGACAAGAUUGGAAUAACAA